AUGAGUGGCUCCAAGCUGAAGUGUGGACAGUACACUCUUUGGUGCAAGAGAUACUCUGCUUUCGAGGGCCGCAAGGAUCAGCGGUGGAAAGGACGCGUGUGCGGCUGCAGGCGGUGUGGCAACACGAAAGUAUGGAAGCCAGCGGCUCGCCUGGCGGAACACAAUGCCUCCCAUGCAACGACCCUCGAGGCUGAAGGUAGGAUGAUUCAGCCUCUGUUGACCAAGGCCAUUCCUGGUUGGAAGGCUAAGAUAGAUGCUAAGCAGAAGGAAAGGGAGCUGGAGCAGGAUGCUAAAAUGGUCUCUUAUUUUGAUGCUGUUAACUUCGCCGCGACCGAGCAUAUCGCGAUGCGAAAAGUGCAACCUAUGAUGGAUUUGCUCAGUCGGCAUGAUGUCCCUACCCCAGUGGGAUGA